CAAGAUGGCGGAUAGAGAUCGAAAUGGAAGCUUAGGUUCGGAUGGUGUUUUGGGAGGCGAGAACGAAGCUGAUGGCCACUUUGAAGACGAGAUAGGCUUAGAUAUCCUUGAGGAUGACGAACAGAAUAUAGAACUUGCAUCAAGUGCACCGCCAGAAGAUCAAUGGUACCAUGGAAAACUGGAUCGAAUGAAAUGUGAAGAAAGACUCAAUGCUGAUGGUCGUGAAGGAGCUUAUCUUGUCCGUCAGAGUGAUCGUAAACCUGAUACCUACUCGCUCUCCUAUCUCAGUAAAAAUGGAGUAUGUCACUUCAGAAUUACUGCUGUAUGUAGUGAAUAUUAUAUUGGUGGGCGUCAGUUUGAUUCAUUAUCAGACCUGAUUGGUUACUACACACGCUGGUCCUGUUUACUUAAAGAUGAACAACUAGCCAAUCCUGUUCCUCCUCCUGAACCGGUUACUGGGAAAAGGCGAGUGGUUGCAAAGUACACAUAUAACAAGACACCAGACACUGAUGAAAUAAGCUUUUGUAAAGGAGAUGUGUUUAUAGUCGAUAAUGUUAUUGAUAAUGACUGGCUUUGGGUUGCUGCUCAGAAGAACAAAGAGAGAGGUUUGGCACCAGCUGCUCUCCUUCAAGAUGCUGAACCAGAUCUUGAUCCACAUGCUGGAAAACCGUGGUAUUUUGGUGAUAUAACAAAGGAUGGGGCACAAGAAUUGCUUAUGAGAGAUGGUGCUGUUGGUAGUUUUCUUAUAAGACCAAGUGACAAAUCACCAGGAGAUUACUCCUUGAGUUUAAGGUAUCAACAAGGAGUCACAAGGUUUCUUAUCAGACGUCAGGGUUCACAGUAUCUUAUGGGAGGAAGACUUUUUGACAGUAUUGAUGAUGUAGUUAAGAGAUACAAACAUGAACACAUUGUAGAGGGUCUAUCACUAAAGGAGCCAGUUUCACGGCCUCAAGCAUGGAAUAUACCACACAGACCAAUGACUCCCAACCGAGGGAGUGACAGUAUUGAUGGUUUUACAUUCAUGCCCCAGGCGGGUAGUGUUGGGCCGGCUAUUAUGUAUACCAGUCAACAGGCCUCUAAACGAGGCUACCUUGUUAUGAAAGGUCAUCGAAACAAGUGGAAACGAAUGUAUUUUGUAUUGGAUGGUCAAGAACAGAAACUUUCUUUCUAUGAAAACGAAAAGCGAACGAAACCAAAAAGCUUGCUGGACUUGACAUUAUCUACGGUGUAUGUCGUACACGAGAACUUUUUUGGCAGACCUAAUUGUUUUCAAGUAGUUGUUCGCGCCCUAAACGAGUCCCGGAUGACAUAUCUGUGCGCUGAUACUCAAGACCAAGCAAAUGAAUGGAUGGAUGCUAUCAAGAAGUUUUGUGGCAAAGCUAAAACAGCCGAUGUUGGAGAUUUGGACGUGAAGCAACUACGUAGCCUAGAGCUGAACGUUAUUGAAGCUCACAAAUUACCCCCCAAUAAAGUUUCUCAUGUCUACUCGAUCAUUUCAUUAAACGAAGUAAAAACUUGCCGGACAAGAACGUUCGAAGGCCAAAAACCUAUCUGGAACGAAGACUUUAAAUUCAAUGAUCUUCCAGCAGACGUAACUUCUGUCACCAUUAGUCUUUACAACAGAAGUUGGCACUCGAGAGAUAUUCUAAUAGGAUCAUGCACACAAACCCUUCAAAAGCUUCCUAAAGGACAAACAAAAGAUGAUUGGUAUCCAUUGAUUGCACAUGGCAAAGCUGAAGUGGGAAACCUUAGAAUGAGAAUAAAAUUUACGCAUGAAAUUAUUAUGCCAGUAGGUGAAUAUGACAACUUAAAGGAGAUCCUUCUGGAUAAAGAUCUGUUUGCUGUAACUGCUCUGGGACAAGUCUGCAAAGACCGCGUUUCGCUAGCAUCUUCUUUACUCAAGAUAUUUAGGCACGAGAAACAAGAGCUGUUUCUACUGAAGACUAUGAACGCUAAAGAAAUAGAAAAGCAAGACGAGCAAGGCACUCUUUUCCGUGGUACGUCUUUGGCGACGACGUUAAUGGAUCAGUAUAUGAAGAUGGUGGCUAUUCCUUACUUACAACAAACUAUCAAAGAUGUUAUUGUUAAAAUAAUGGAAUGCAAACAGUCUUGUGAGCUCAACCCAGCAAAGAUGGAAAAAGGUGCCGACACAGUGAUAAAUCUCAAGCAAUUAUUAGAAUUUCUCUUUGAAGCAAUCGAAGCCAUAUUCAACUCAGCUGACAACUGUCCUGUGUCACUACAGUAUCUUUUUGGAUGCCUGCAGCAAAAUGUGAGGGACAAGUGGACUGAUAAUCAAACAGUUCAAACAAGAGUUGUCAGUGGUUUUCUUUUUCUACGACUAUUUUGUCCAGCUAUUAUGAAUCCCAAGCUAUGUAAUCUUAUGACAGAUAUCCCCUCGGCCACUGCAGCCCGAACUCUCACGCUGGUGGCCAAAUGUUUACAAAAAUUAGCGAAUCUCGUGGACUUUGGAGCCAAGGAAUCUUGCAUGACUCCAGUCAAUCCAUUCAUGCAGAAAAAUAGGGACAAAGUUAUAGCUUUUAUUAAUGAAAUUUCGUCCGUUAAUGAUUGCCCAGAUACACAUGAACAAGUCUCGUCUGAUCCAGCACGUGACUUGGCAUCGCUUCAAGAUAUCUGUGUUGUGUAUAAAUCUGACCUCAAACAACUCAGCACCACCCAGCCUUGUCUCAAAAAGCUUGUUGCAGUAACUGAAGCAUUGCAGCAACGCGAACAGCAGUUCAUUCGGGAUUCUCGAUGAUGUCACAAAUCACGUGUCUAAUGGUAAAACUGGUCUUAAAAAUUGUUGGGGGAAAAUACCCCAAAAAAUGAAUAUAUAAAAAAAAGAAUAUUUGAAGACUAAAAAAAUCAAUUUUUAAUAAUUUCUAAUAAUUAAUAAUGAAGUUUGCAUCGACCAUUUAUUUUUCUAAUGCAAUUUUGUGCUCACAGUUAGAGUGAAGGCAUUUAACCCUUGAAAAAGAUAUUAGACUGAUAACACAUUGUUUUUUGUGUCUAUUUGACUGUUUACACGUUGACUAGUAUUUCUUAUUUCACGGGUUAAAUGUCUUCACUCAAACCUGUUUACCUAAUACCAGUAGUGAUCCCUCCCGCUUUAAAUAGUACCAAAAUAGUUCCAAAUUACCGCUGUGUUUCCUUGAUUACAGAAUMAAUUACGCAGGGUUAGCCUCGAAUUAGUCUAAAUACUCAAUGAGGGUGCCAAUGGGUGCCGAAUGUCAGUUAACUGUAAUUAAUUAUACGAGAUCUUGCCAUAAUAUUAACCAAAAUAAUGAAAUAUCAGGUCUUAAUUUCGGCGAUUAUUUUGAUAGUCAUUUUUGUCGAAACUUAAUGAGAAUUGAAUCAGAAAGAAAGAAAUUUGUUUGUCAAACUUUAUUGUAAUGUAAGUUUUCAUUUAAAUCACUAAUUAACAUCAAUAAGAUAUUACAGCAGUUUCGUAUUCGAUGUAUACCGCUGUUUUUUAAGACCACAGACUCAUUUGCACAAACUUAGCCUGUGUUAUAUGUUAGCUAUUCACAUAUACCAUUAAAUGUCUCUGUGAUUUCAAAACAUUUUAUCGUUCAACUUGCACAUAUUUUUAGUUUUACAGUUGAUUUUUGAAAAUGAUUUGCUGUUAAGCGAGGCUGAGUUUUUACGAAUGAGUCUUUUUAGUCAUGAAACGGGAAAAGGAACUAUUACUGAGUAUUAGAGAGGGGACUGAAAAAAAGGAACGAACACAAACAUUGAUAUUUCAAAAGUACUCAUGUCUGUUCAUAUUAUAUUGUUUUUGAAUAUAAAGUAUAGACUACUUUAACAUUGCAGUUGGCAAAAUAAGACACCUUUUCAAAAUGCAUUCCGUACACACUUUUCUAGACGCACCACAAUAAUAGCUGUAAGUAUAAUGUUAUGAGAAAAAAAAUAAUUAUGUAAAUAACAGUUAAUGAAUCAUACCACGCGACAUGACAUAGCGUAGUCAAUAAUAGCUACCGGUAAAGGUACCGGGUGAUAGCCCAAACAAAGUAAUUACAGGUUAUUAGUUUAUAUUAGAAAGAUUAUGUCGAGGAUUAGAAAAAUUCACAUGACUUUUGAGAGUACUGAAAAACGUUUAACAACAUUUCUGGCAAAAUUUUAAAACGGUAGAUAUUGUAAUAUUAAUGCUAGAUUCUGUAAAUUUAAAAUAUCUUUCUUAAUAAAACAAACAUUUGUGAA